AUGGCAACCUCGGAUAUCAUUUAUGAAAAGGUUCACUUCAGACACGAUCCAAAAUGGAGCGUCCGCCUGCGGCCUGCAGAGGGAGGGCUGUUCUGUCUGGCAUGUGUUAUUGAGAUAAUCCAGGCAGGAGAAAUGGCGUCAGUGAGGAAGUCCUACGCCUUGUCUGGUGUAAGUGGGAUGCUGAAGAACUCUGCAAAAGCAAUGAAGGAGCUGCUCCAACAGGACCACAGAGUCACGCUGCAUUUUAUUAUUACACUAAUAGGUAUGCUUCAAACUGUGGAGGACCCAGUCACUCUGGAGAAGGCAGACCAAGUGCUGGUUCAGCUGGUUUUAGAGCUCCAGAAUGAACUGCCCCUACACUUUGUUUUGGAUGAGAUACACAAACAGCUGAGUGAUCAGCUCAAUGUGAAGCGUUUCCGACCUACAUUCAACUUCCUGGGGAACCUUUUGAAAACGGUCCCUAACGUGGCUCACAGCCUCAUGACUCAGUACGUCCCCUUGCUGGACCACCUAUGCUCAGCCUGGCUUUACCCAGAUGAAGCGCUGAAGACGUCAGUUGUGUUUGUGUGGCUUCAGCUGCUGGGGACAUGUGGAGACGCAGCAGCCCAGUCCCUGCCUGUUGCCAUUAGGGACAGACUGUGCACGCUGCUGCUGCAGACCUUUGCCAAUGCUGGCUCAGGACAGCUCAUUAAAAACUGUGCUGAGGUUAUCAAGCUGUUGCUGCUGAGUGGUGAUGAUUUGUUGCAGCUGACCAGUGCUAGGUGCAUUGCUGCUGUUCUGGUUCAUUCUCCCAGUCAGUACAGCCCUGUCUUCAUCAAGGCCGAUUUACCUGGAUUUCUGUUUGACCGUCUUGCCUGUAGCAACAGUGAGAUGCUGCUGUGGUCCAUCUACGCCUGUUUGGUGUUGCUAACUGAAGAGCCACUCUUGUUCUCUCAGUGCCACACUGUCUACGGUAUCGAGUCCCUGGUCCGCAGUCUGAAGCAGGCUUUGCGCCUGACUAAUCUGGAGGUACCAAAACAAGGUUUUCUGCUCCUCACUGAAAUACUGGAAAGACAGCCUCCAAGCAUCCAUCUGUUCCCCAGUGGCUCAGCGUUUGGGGCAGUUUCGGAGGUCUUGUUAGCUGGAGUCUCCGCUUCCUGCCUGUUGGUAGCCACGCAGGCUGUCAGUGCUGCUACCACUUUGUUCAGACUGAACCACCAGCCCAGCCCAGUCCAGUACAAAGCAUUAGUUGGGCUGAUAGAGGCCAUCACCAGUAAAUUCCCAGAGCUACAUCUGCCCUCCUCUGCUCAUCGGCGAAGCACCGGUAAUCUGAGGAGGUCCAAUCCCAAAAGCCACCCCUUUAAAUCCAAAGAAUAUCUACUAAAAGCACUUGUCUGUUUUCAUGCAGCAUGCAGGCUUGCUGAGGAAUGUGCGUCAGAACCUGUUCUGAUGAAGAACCCAUUUACAUCUCCCUAUAAACUCAACUGUGCUGAGGACUCCCUGGAGUCUCUGUGCCGGUGUCUGCUGCGCUGCUGUGAUUCUGUCUGGAUACCUACUGUUCUUAGGGCGUGUGAGCAUGUACCCAGCAGCCAGAUUCUGCAGUACUUCUACUCUAUACUUUGCUCCCAGUUUGAUCUGCUUCCUUCUUUCAUGCCUGAAUUUGCUAAAAAACUAGCAUCUUCUGGUUUCUUUAAGCUGGCUGUGGAACAUAAAGCUGUCCUUUGUGCAGGAAACAGCAAUCCAAAUAUGAACUCGUCUUGCUGUGGUUUUCUGCAGAAACUAAGCGUGUGUCUGCUUUCCGUUUCAGACCCUCCCACUGGCUCCCAUAAUGAUUUUGAGGAGGUGAAAAAUCUUCUGCAGUCCAGCCUUUCCUCUCUGUGUUGUCAUCUGUCAGACUGGCCCUCUCUGUUGUGUGAAUAUCAAGAACCAAGAGACACCAAGUACUGCCUGGUGCUCUUCCUUUACCUGGCUCUAAAGCAUGGAGACAGGCUGCUGCCAGACCAGGCCGUGUUCUCCAGUGUGGUGGUGAUGUUGCAGUCAGUGCAGGAGCAGAGCGACUCAGUGCUGCCUCUCUUUGUCCUCCGCUCUUCCCUCUAUUUGUUGGCCGUGACUCAGGACAAGAGCCCCAGUCUUGACAGGGCUCCUUUGAGUUGUAUCAGCAAAGCACUCUCCUCUUGCCAAAGUUUUUCUUCCAUCUAUACUCACCAUCCUGCACUUCUCCACUUCAUCUGUCGAUAUCGGGAAUUAGCACAAAGAUUUGGUCCCCUGGUCCUGGAGCUUUGGUUGACCAAGAAAUCCCAGAGGAAUACAGAGCAGACCACGGCAGAUUUGCAGGAGAUUGCUGAAAAGGGAGAAAGUCAAGCAGAGACGCACAAUCAGGAACCAGACACAGAAACCAUAGAGCUUCUGGCUGUUCUUGAAAAGUACCCAGAUGUCAUACUGACCCUCAUGGACAUGAUGAUAACCAGAGAGACUCCCCUCGCAGAGCGAGUUCUGAGUGUAAUUGAAACUCUUUUGCAUGGAAGCAGAGAAUAUACAACUGAUUUGUGUGCAAGCCUUAGACCAGCCCUGCUCCAGGCUUUACAAAGAAUCAGUGUGGAGAGCAUGGGCAGUGGACUCGAACAUGAUCUCACUGCACUGGCAGUUAAAUCUCUCCCUGUGGUGCUGAAGCUGCUGUGUGUGACCCAGACCAGUGACCCGCCUUCACCCGCCAUUUUCACCAAUAUGGAAGAAGUGCACUUCAAGUUGCUCUACCAUGUGAGUAGUAUCGUGGGGAUGCUGAAGCCCUCCAACACAGAGAGCCUCCUGCCUGCCCUCAACUACCUGCAGUGCUGCCUGAGUCUGUCACCUGCACACAGCGCUGAUAGAGCUGUCUCCGUGCUGCUCUCCAGCUCUGGGCUGAUGGCCCAGCUGCAGACAGUCAUCUCCUCCUGCUCAGCUCCAUCACCCCCUCCAUUUGUCUGUCGUUCCUCGGCUCUGCUGAGUUGCAGCCACCUACUCCUGUCCUCCCUCAUUACCUUGCAGCGUCUUCACUCCACUCAGGUCCAAAAGAGCAUCAGUUGGAGUUUGGACGCAGCUGUGCAGCGACUUCUUCUUCAGAAAAGAAACACAGACAAUCUUCUACUCGUCAGCUACCUGAAGUUGCUGGAGGCACUUCUUGAUGUUGACCUGGCAUCAGCAGUGGUGGUGUGUCUGAACACUUGCUCUGGACAUGCCCGGCUGAGGCCCCUGGGGGUGGAAGACAGCGCGUUGUACCCACUUGGCUCCACAGACGCAAUGUGCCUCUUAACUUCUCUCAGUGGACUACUUUUACAGAAACACGAAUUGCUGCUGCGAACCUCAGUCAACUGUCUAAGCUCCCUGCUGGGCUUCCUUAAAAGACAAAGUCCAGUUACAGCCAAAUAUGCAGCUCGUCAGCCGUGGUAUCAGUUCCUCCUCCGUUGUCUGCUCAGCUCAGGAGAGAACUACUUUCUGCAUCCUGCUCUUCUCAGACUCAUCACACUUAUGUUGCAGUACGGUAGCGCAGCUGUGCUGUGGGAGUCAGAUCUACUUCAUGUGCUCGAGACAAUAGAAAAGAGCGGGGUGAAGGAGCUCAGCCAAGAGACGGCUCAGGCUUUGAGGUUGCUUCUUAUACAGAUCCAGAGCAGUGUUUCACUUCCCACAGAGGAGCACAAGCUGAGAGUGAGGAAAAUGAUGGAGGAGCUUGAGCCGCACACGUCAGCUGACAGCUGCAGUUCGUCCAGCAGCAUCUUACGUGUUGGAGAAAUAUCCAUCUGUUCAUCUGACUUCACUUUGAAAAUGGGCUGA